AUGUCGACGGCGAUCAUCCCCAUGUCUCAAGACCUGGGGUGGGACAAGGCCUACCAAGGCGUGGUGCUGUCGGCCUUUUUCGCCGGUUACGCCACCACGCAAAUUCUCGGAGGCGCCCUGUCUGACCGCUAUGGCGGCAAGGCCGUGCUCGCGGGCGGUGUCGCCCUCUGGUCUCUUUUCACAGGCCUCACGCCGCAGGCCGCGGCAGGCGGCGCCGCGCCGCUGCUCGCGGCGCGCGUGCUGCUUGGGGUCGGCGAGGGCGUCGCGUUCCCCGCGGUGCACUCCAUCAUAUCCCGCAACGUGCCGACAGAGCGCCAGUCGACGGCCGUGGGCGUCGUGACAGCGGCGUCCUACGUCGGCACAGCCCUCGCGUUUGGCGUCAGCCCGACGCUAAUUAGCAAGCUCGGGUGGCAGGCGGUGUUCUACCUGUUUGGCGCCCUCGCGCUACUGUGGCUGCCUGUCUGGUGGCCUGUGCGGGAAACGCCCCCUCGCCCGGGCUCUAGCGCCGCCAAGGCGGCGGCGGCCGCCCGGGCGGCGGACGAGGAGGCACAGAGCCUACUCUCCUCAGGCGGCCCGGCGUCGCCUGCAGACGGCGGCGCGGCCCCUGGCGACGCGGCGGCCGGCAAGGCCCUCGGGCGGCAGACGCCGCUCGGCGCCGGCGCCAGCGCCAGCGCCGCUGAAGGCGGCAGUGCGUCCACGAUCGCGACCCUUCGGCUUCUGUUGGCCCAGCGAGAGGUCUGGGCGAUCUGCCUUUGCCAGUACUGCCAGUCUUACGGGAUGUACGGCCUGCUGACGUGGCUUCCCACCUUCUUCAGCGAUUAUUACGGGGUCGAAGUCGGGGACCUGGGCGGAUUUACGCUGCUGCCUUACGUGGUGCAGGGCGGGGUGGGCGCCGCGUCCGGCGCGCUGGCCGACAAGAUGAUUGCUUCUGGGUGGGACGUGCGCCGAACGCGGGUGCUGCUGCAGGUCGUCGGCAUGCUCGGCCCCGCCGCCUGCCUGCUGCUGGCCGUCUCCCCCGGCCUCGGCAUCGGCGCCACGUCAGCGUCGGCGCUCAUCACCCUGGGGCUCGGCCUGUCUGCGCUGACCCUCGGCGGCGUCAGCGCAAACCACCUCGACAUCUGCCCGCGCCACGCGGGCAUGGUCUUCGGCGCCGGCAACACCGCCGCGACGCUCGCCGGCCUCGUCGCCGUACCCCUGACGGGCGUGCUGCUCGACAGGACCGGCUCGUGGGUGGCGGUGUUCAGCGUGGUCGGGGUUCAUUACCUGGCGGGAUCGCUCGUGUGGGCCGCGUGGGCGGGCGGCAAGCAGCUGCCCCAGGACCUCGAGGCGCCCGCCGCGCCCGCGGGCGCCGGCGCGGGCGCGCCUUGA